AUGAACUAAAAUCUCGAAAAUGCAAUUGAUUUGGAGAAUGAUGAACUCAUAGUUGAAAACUGUAUAUCUAUUCUUUAUGCUUAGACAACAAUGAUGAUUAAGAUGAUCAGUUAGUUUCAUAAUUAUAAGAAAUUCUAAUAUCGGAGGAUUUUGAAAAAUUAUCCUAAGAUUUCUUACGUGAAAAAUGCUUAGUUUUUGAGGAGACAGAAUCAAAAGAAUACAAAGAAAUAUUUAAACUCUACUAAAGUGCUAUCUAGUUAUAUUUGAAUGAAGUAUUAUAAUCAAUGAAUGAAUUUAGAAACUCAAAGUUGAACUUACUUUAGAAAAAUUACAAUCUCUCCCAUUAGAUGAAGCAAUGAAUGAAACUUUAGCAUCAUUAUUUGAUUAUGAUUUGUUUAAAGAUAUUAUGGUAGAAACCAGAAUAAGAGUUGAAGAAGAAGAAAGGACAAUUAAAAAAAGCACUAAUAAAGCUACUAAAGGUUAUAAAUAAGCACCUUAAUAAAACAUAUUCAGCUCAGGUCAAGCAAUAUAAUUUGAAAAGAAGCCACUAAAAAAUGUAACAAUUAGCAAUAUUCUAGUAAACUCCUUAAGACUUACGACCAGACUUAUUUUUCAAUGUUGUACCUUUAAGCACACCAAAAGUAAAUAGAAAAUAAGCUUGAG